AGCGCAUGCGUCGUCUCAAAUACGACUCUCCGCAGUUUACCCUUGAAUUUUUAGUUCCGGCUUCUUCCAGAGAGCAGAGAGAAAUGCGCCUCUCGGUCGCUGCGGCUAUCUCACAUGGCCGCGUAUUCCGUCGCCUGGGCCUUGGUCCCGAGUCCCGCAUCCACCUGUUACGGAACUUGCUUACGGGACUAGUGCGACACGAACGCAUCGAGGCGUCUUGGGCGCGUGUGGACGAGAUGAGGGGCUACGCUGAGAAGCUUAUCGACUAUGGGAAGCUGGGAGACACCAACGAACGAGCCAUGCGCAUGGCUGACUUCUGGCUCACAGAGAAAGACUUGAUCCCAAAGCUGUUUCAAGUACUGGCCCCUCGGUACCAAGGUCAGAAUGGGGGCUACACGAGAAUGCUACAGAUCCCUAAUCGGAAUAAGCAGGAUCGGGCCAAGAUGGCAGUGAUCGAAUAUAAAGGAAACUGCCUCCCACCCCUGCCCCUGCCUCGCAGAGACAGCAAUCUUACACUCCUAAACCAGCUACUUCUGGGGCUGCGGCAGGACCAGGAAGCAAGUAUCCACAGCUCCCACACAUCUCAAAAACCAGGGAUUUAACUGGAGCCAAAGGGGAUUGGAGAAUGAACAUCUAGAAGUGAAACUUCUGUGGAAUCUGGUACCCUAAGAACCUUCAAGGAACACUACCACCUCUGUUGCUAGGCAGGAUCACAUAUUACCCUCAUGUGCUCCCCUCAAGCCCUGAAUGGGCCUCAAAGGAGAAGACCUGAGGACUCAGAUGUACUACUGUCCUGGUCAAAGGAGUGCAAGCAUUCAACCAAGGAUAUUGGACUCUAGGAUAACCUCCUUCCUCUUGUGGUGGGAGGGGGGCAAAAGUGGAGAGUGGAGUGAAGGACAGGUUUGAAGUGGGAGGUGGAUUAGGAAGUUAAACCUUCUGGGAAUUUCCUGGAAAAUUUUUAUUGUUGUCAAAUCUGGGCCUCUCUGGGAACUUAAAAAAGGGAAAUCCGGCUUAAGAAUGGCCAGAGCAUAUGAGAAGUAGGAAGUUCCUUUGUAUCCAUUAAUUACUGUGAAGCAAAACUUGGCCCAGGCAGGCUGCCUAUCACUCAAGGCUCAGAGGCUUAACUAGGGUGGUAGUUACCGGAAGACUUGGUGCUAUCACUCAGGCCUAAUCACUUGAUAGCAGGGCCCUUAUCCCAAAUACAGUUGGAAGAAGACAUUUUAGGCUGGACCUUCAGAGUGUAUUGGGCCUGAACCCAUCCAUUGUCUGAAAUAACAUUGGGUAAAGGUAAAGAGGUCACUGUUCUAGCAGAUAACUUAAGUGACAGCUAUUCUGGUGGUAUUUAAUGGCACCUUCUCUACUGACACUUAACCUACAACCAAUAAGGUUCUCCAUCUCUCCCUGUGCUCCAGUUUGUCCACACAUUCUUAUCAGAGAACUUGACGUUUGAGUGAUACACUAAACACUCAGAGCAUUUAUUAAUUAAACCUGUAACUGAAUGCUUCUGCCCCAAAAUUCAACCCAUUCCAUCUUUUUGGCAUGAACAUUCAUCUCAGCUAGAUAACUCAGACCCAUUCUUGACUCAUAGAGAAAGUUCUUAAUCUUAAAACCGUAUCUUUGUAUUAUUGGUAGCAGGUGGAUUAUGGCUGACUCUAAUCAUAGCUUUUCCUCUUAGCCCCAGAAAUAUAUCCCCCUUUGGAGCUUUCAGCAGUUUCUUAAGUGUUUAUUUAACAUCUGCUAGUACGCACCGUCAGUUUAGGCACUAGGGACAGUCUUUAUCAAGUGUUUGCCAUAUGUCAGGCUCUGAGCUAAACACUAGGGGUACAGAGAAAAACAACUCUCCAAGGAGUUCAGUCUAAUGGCCCACCACUGAUGCCACAGUGGCCUCAAAGGACAACUUCAUCCUCUUUAAUAUUUUGGCCCAAGUAAGUACAUAAACCCUAGAACAUUUACCAAAGGCUCAGGGACAACACUGGGAAAAUAACACAGGGUCCAGCAGAAGUAAGGCCUGCCUGAGUGUGGAUGGUAGUAGUAAGUAAUACAGGUGUAGUAAUUUAUAGUUUUAAUUUGAGUAUUUCACCUGAAGUAUCAUGGUGUGCUUCAAUGUGAUAUUGUUACAGAAUUAAAUGCUUAUGAUUUUAUAAUAAAGAGGGGGCAUUAUUUGUGCUGGUCCCUGUACUAUCAGCUUUGCUGACCUAUUCUGCAAAUAAUAACUUUUCAUCCCAAUUGUUGGAAUAUGCCCUUAAGUCCAUCUAGGCACCUCUUUAACAAAUUUCAACCCCACAAGAGAUGCCCACAUGCAUGAGAAUUCUCUCCACUUUCAGAGGGUCUCGGGAUCCAGUUUUUCACUGCAAGGUUGCGCCUACUUCAAAAAAUAAUGAAUUCUAGCCUCAACAGAUCAGUGACACAUUAUAAACCCAUUGUUCCGAGAGAACAACUACAAAAGCCAGGGACUAUUUCUUGCACCCAUUAAUAGUCAGAUUAACAGGUCAUGUUUAUUUCCACAAUGUUUCUGAAAUCUGCAGUCACAUCUCUCCCUAGUCUGAAAUCGAUGACAUCUCUAUCCUGGAUUAAUGUAAUUUGCCUCCCUCCACACUGCAGCCAGAGCAGUAGAACUCUGAUAUCUUAAUUCCAGGCUUGAUAAUCUGUGGCUUUUUUCCUGUAGGAAAGGAGUCAGGAUUCCUUAUGACUCCCUCAGUGACCAAGCAUCCACCUACUGUUGCAGCUACUUCCCUUGCCUCUAAUUUUAUACUCCAGAAGCAUGGAAGUCCUCAUUUUGACUGUUUCCCUAUGUACAGCUCCCCUUACCACUUUUGGUUGAUGCAGUCUCUACUACUCAGAAAACCCUCCUCCCAUUUUUACCUACCUACCUUUUGCACAAACAUGGCAUCUCCUGGGUGUCUCUUCUGACCAUCCACACACCUAAGUUCAUUACUUCAUGAUCCUAGGUGCACUACAAUGUUUAAAUGAUCCUCUGAAUUCACUACAUUGUAUUACAGUUUACCAACAGUGGGCUGGUUCCCAAACAUCCCUCCCAGAUUACCGGUACUAUAAAGCAAUCAGUAUUUCUGUCCCCUUGUUAUUGAUCCAGGAGAGGAAAGGCCUAAACUAAUUUCUGUUGAAUCUUUAGUGUUUCUCAGAAAAAUGUUACCAUGAUCUACAGAUAAAAAACAUUUUACCUCAGAAUAAUAAUCACAUUAUAACUGAAAAGCAUCAUAAAAUGUUUACUUUUAUAAAUAUGCACACUAAUAUUUAUACUCUUCUAGUUACUUUUUAAAAAAAUACCGGCCCUGCCCUGACUGGCAUGGCUCAGUGGGUUGGGCAUCCUGCAAAGCAAAAGGUUGCUGGUUCAAUUCCCUGGCAGGGCACAUACCUGGGUUGCAGACCAGGUCUUCUGUUGGGGACAUGUAAGAGGCAACCUGUUGAUGUUUCUCUCACAUGUCAAUGUUUCUCCCUCUCUCUCUUUUUCUGUCUCUAAAAAUAAUUUUUUUUUAAAGAAAAGGGCUCUUUAAAAAUAAAAAAUACUGGUCUCAAUUUACUAAAUUAAUUUUACAGCUCACUAGUGGAUUUCAACCUUUCCUGAAAAAAACCCUGAUCUCAACCAGCAUCAUAGUAACUCACUGUUGCCUUUGGGAUAAAAUCCAAGCUUGUGUCAUGACACAGGCUUCCUGUGUCCCAGAUGCAGCUACCUCUCAUCUUGUCUACUGUUACCUGCCUCCAUUCUUCAUAGAAAGCUACUUGUUACUUUCUGAACACAUACUUUUGUGCACAAUACUGCCUUUAAUGCUUGGUGUUUUUUAAUUUACCUCCUACUUGUCAUACCUCUGCCCAGAAGUGGCUUGAGGCCUCCAAAUUUCACUUUACCCUCUAAAUGGGGCUAGGUCCCUUCCAGUGUGCAGGUAUAGUCCUCAGGGCUUACACCUACUAAAGCUUUCAUCAUACCAUAUCACAAAUACCAGUCUGCUUGACUGAUUUCCUUCACUCAACCACCUGAGCUCCUGAAACUAGAAGCUGAAACUCAUUCUUCUGGAUAACUUUGUUCCUGCCAAAGGAGCAGGUUCAUAAUGGUGUUCAAUAUAAAUUUAUUAAAGGCAGAGGAGUAAGCUACAUGUUACCCAUGACAUAUUCGGCACUCUGACAGCUUUACAAAACAACAAACACAGUAUUGUGUGCGGGGACAGUGCUAAGCUACACUGCUGGGUAUACCAAAGCUAAGGAAAUGGGUUUCUUCCUCUCCAGGGACUUAAGUGCUCAUAACGACUGUCAAAAAUGUAAGCAUGAUUCUAAUUCAUUUCCCACACAUUUCAUAUUCCUGUUCCCUGAAAUCUUUCUCACCCUGAAAUCUUUCUCACCAGUCUACAGAUAGAAAAUACCCAUACAUUUUCCAAGACUUAGCCAAAAGCUAAAGCAAUGUGUCUUUCAUGAAGUAUUCACUGAAUUCCCUAAACAAAGCUAGGCCCUUUUCCAGCGGCCCAACUUCACACUGUACACCCUUCACUAGAUAGCGAACUCCUUGAGGUUAGGCAAAGUAUCUACUUUUGUGCCAUCCAGUAGAGAACGGGACAAAAUAAGCAUCUAAAAAUAUUGACUGUAUCAAUGCAUUGAACAAACUACUUCAGCCUAGCUUGGUAUGCAAAGCUCACUAACUCCUCCCUUCCCCAGUUUCCUCUUCAUCUGAAAAAGAACUUCCUGCGAUGCUGAUUUCCCAUUGUUCACUACUGAAUGACUGUACCCUUGAAGGCUUGCUUUCCUCUUUAAACACAUGGGCAUAUUGUAACUCAUGUCGCUGACUCCAAUAUACUUGAGAUUCUCUAAUAAUAGAAAUGAUCUGUGUGCCUAUAUUUUGAGGAAAGGGGUUUAAACUUCUCUGGCAUUUUACAUUAUGUUCCACAAUAUAAAAAUCAUUUUUUCAGUUCUUAGUACUUAAAUAUUGUACAUUACAUACACAUAUGAACUUCUGUCAUAAUUAAUGCUCUAGGAAAAUGAGCCUUGUUAACACUGUGGCUUCACAUAUACCUUGGCACCCCACCCUGUGGCCCAGCACUGGGAGCACAGUGUUAAGGUUUUACACCUGUUCACUUCAAGCCAAUGAAAAGAAAAUACAAAGGCUGUACCUAGGAAUGUCGUGGAAUUAAUGUCAUUGUCCUGGCAUAAUUUCUAAUUGUUUUUCCUUAAAAUUGUCUCAGAAACUUUCCUGCAGUUAUCUUUUUAUCCCAGAAGGAUAAGUGAAAGGUAAAAUAAUUCAGUUUUGUAUGUGCUGAGUUUGAGAUGCCUGGGAGCAUCUGGAGCUUGGGAAAGAGUUCUUUACUGGGAGAACAGAUUUGUCAGCAAUAAAAGCUAAGGAAAUGGAUGAGGUGACUCCCAAGGAAAGGAGGCUGAGGUUAGACGUUAGAAUCUAGGAAGGAGACUGAGAAAUUGCCUUCUAAGAGGAAAGAGAACCUGCAGAAUUCAUCACGGUACCCAGUGCAGUGUCUUCCUUGUGCACAGAAGGCCCUCAAAAAAUAAUCAAAUAUAUUCAGCAAGUAUAUUCCUUUCCCAUUCAAAGCACUUUGCUAGGAUAGAGAAUACAGGGAUGACUUUUCAAAGACCUAACAGGCCAAUUGGAAAGACAGAAUAAACAAAUACAACACUGUAGACAGGUAGUAUGAGAGUGAUACACACAAAGCUGUCUGGAGUACUAAGAAAGGAGGAGGUCAACGAAGAACUUCAGAGGAAGCAAUGCUACAGCUGAAUCUUGAAGAAAGUAGUUACCAACAUGGGAGAAGAGAAGUCGGCUGUGAGGGCAUCCCAGGCACUAAUAGCUGCAAGUAUAAGAGCACUGAAUUAUGAAGCAAUAUGUAGUGGUUGAGAAAGUCCAAGUAAGUUGGAACAGCCAGGAUUUAGUAUUUGAGGAAAAAGAGGAAAUGAAGCAAGAAAGCCAAGCAAGAUCGGGUUACAAAGGGGCCUGUGAGACAUGAUAAAAUGCUUGGAUCUUAUCCUGAAGACCAGGGGAAGCCACUGAAGGAUUUUCAAAUGGAGAGAAAAGGGAUCAGAUUUACAUUUCAGAAAGAUUAUUCUUACAUCAGACUGGAAGGUGGGUGGGUUAGAGGGGAGACUACAGGUAAAGAUACCAAACAGGAGCCUAGUUUAGGAAUUCAGGGAAAGUUGAUUGAAGAGUAGGCCGGAGGCAGGGUAGGUACAAGCUGACAGAUCAGACAGCACUAGAGGAAACAGAAUAGACUAUUGUAUAGAUGUGACAUAGAAUAGAAUAGAUGUGGUUAGAUGAGGUAGAUGAAGAAGUUGAGUCAAGGAUGACACCAGGUUUGUGCUUAAAUGAAGUAAUUCCAUUCAUAAAGAAUCCUUCCAUUAACAGAAUAGCAGAGGAGAAGCAGAUCUGAAAUUACUAUGAUGAACUUUGUUGAAAACAUACUAUUCGUGGCAAAGACCUAUCUUGUGAACAGGGAAUAUACGUUACAGUUGUGUGAGCUUAGAGGCUAUAUGUAAGCUAGCAAUACAGAUGUGAGAGUCACACACAUACUUGAGAAUAGAAGCAAUUGGACUAGAUAAGAUUUCCAACAACAACAACAAAAUACAGAGUAUGAGAAAAAUAAGGCCUAGGAUAGAGCCAACAUUCAAAGACCAGACAGAGAGAAAGCCUUCCUAGGACAGGAAAAGAAGAACUACAACUAGAACAUUGGUGUCUCAAAAUCUAGGGGAGGAGAAUGUCAAAAAUAUCUAUUUGUGUGUAUCUCCCUCAGCAGAUUGUGAAUUCUUAGGAGCAGACCCUAGAUAAUUUUUAUAUUGUCAGAACCUAAUGCUGGCCAGGCUCCAGAGCAGUGGUUUAAUGAGUAUCUUUGGCCACUGGACUUGGGAAUUAUUCGGGUGUUCACUAUUGACCUCUGACAGAGCAGUGUCUUGAGAGGGUCAAAAGACCAUAAAACAACUCAAGUUAAGUGGCAAUGAAAAGAGAAGACAGGCCAGAGAUAUGCAGCACCCUGAGAGGAAAACAUUUAUGUUUGUGCCUUCCCUCCAACUAAAUUCAUAUGUUGAAAUCCAUUAGGAUUUGAUGUGGUGGUGUUAGGAGGUGAGCCUUUGGGUAGAGUUCUCAUGAACAGGAUUAGUGUUCUUAUAAAAGAGAUCCCAUACAGAUCUCUUGCCCCAUCCACUAAUUAGGGACACUGUGAGAAGACACCUUCUAUGAACAAGGACUAUGGCCCUCACCAGAAUCCGGCCUUGCUGGCACCUUAAUCUUGGACUUCCCAGUCUCCAGAACCAUAAGAAAUACACUUUUGUUAUUUCUAAGCUACCUAUUCUGUGAUCUGUUAUUAUAGCAGCAUGAAGACACUAUUACAAUUUUGUAGUGAGUAUUUCUGCCAGACACUAUUACAAUUUUGUAGUGAGUAUUUCUGCCAGUCCUUAGUCACACAGACAGACACUAUAGGUUGAAAGAAAAGUCCAAAAUCAUAGGUUGAAGGCAAAGGGUGGAGGGAGGAGAGCUUUCUCAUUCCCCAUUGUGGUUUCCAUGCCUCCUCCACCUCUAAGUAAACCCCUUCUCUUGAGAAUUGACAUUAGUUUCACCACCUUCUCCUGAUGUUCUUGGCUUUAGCUACUAAGGCCUAGACCCCUGCUGGCCCAACCCACAGGAAGUAAGUUGGCAGGUUUGCAGUUCAAGGCCAUAUACCUUUGAGGGGAAAACACCCCUGAGCUGGUCAAAAAAUGAAUCAUUAAAUUCAGUCAAUGAGAGACCUAAAAGGAUGAGCUAAAAUACCAUUCAUUCAAAGUACAACUGAGAAGUCAACAUGGGGCUACAGAGAUAGAAGCAAGUACUGAGAAGUCAAAGUCCUCUCUGUAGGAGUCUUACAACUGAGAACCAGCUGCCCUGUUUUUUAUAACAUGCUGGGUGAUUCAUGAUGGGCUAAUUGGGGGUGGAGGUGGGGAAAGAUAGCUUCUGGCUACAUAUUUAGUGAAGUCUUAGGACCAGAGUCUUGUUCACCAUCCCAAGAUCUGCUACCAUCCCAUUCAUGUGCUUACCUUAUCCAAAUGCAUGCCCCAUUCAAGACUGUGGUCCCAUAGUUCCUCAUUUUUCUCUCCUCCUGAAACCCAUCCAUUUAGCCCACUCUGUUUACCAGGUUUUUAACCCUUUCAUGAGCAGAUUUGCUUUACCCAUGAAAUUUUAUCCUCCAGAAUUUCGGUCUAUAAACCCACUUUCUUGCCUCUGGCUCUCUUAUUCCCUUGCACACAUAUCAAACUUUCAAACUCUUAUAACUCCAGUCUUUUGAACUCUUCUUUCUCUGUGUAUCAGGUCUUUCUUCCUUUCAACCUAUGAUCCAACAUUUCAUCCAUUCUCAUGGCAACCCCUAUUCAACCCCAUGUCUUUCCCACCCACUCACAAAUCAUCAGAUUUCCCUAUUCCUGUGUCCUCAUCAAUGAGAGGGCACCUAUGAACAAAUAUAUAUAUAUAUAUAUAUCACAAAGCCAAUAGAAUGGAAAUCAGCAGAGCUGGGCCCUGAACAAAAUUCAGUAAGCCUGGAUUGCUCAAGCCUGUCAUCUCUUUGACUCCAGCUAACUUUCUCAAACUUCCCUUAAACUCUUUAGAUCUUCACCUCUUACUAUCAGCACACCCCCCUCGCCCCUCAAAAAGUGUAUACUCUGUAGACAUAGUCUCCUCAAUUUUCUACCGUCUUGACCCUUAUGUGCAUCCAGAAAUUAGGCAAUUAGUUGAAUAUCUAUUUACUGAAGACACUGCAUCCAAUGAUCAAGUUAUGUAAACGUCAACUCACCAAGUUUUCCAAAUUUAUCAACUUUGAAAACAUUUGCUUUUGAACACCCAAAUCCAAUUUGUUAAAAUUAUCAAUUUAUCAAAAAUUUGUUUCUAUCAAUAUUAUCUAUAGUAAUUGAGAUUCAUAGUAAUUGUGUUGCAUGAAAAGCUUAGUAAUUUUGUGAAUUCUCAUCU